AUGCCUUGGGGGUUUCCAUUAACAAGAUCACCUCAAGUGCCUGAGUUAGCUGGUCCUCUUGGUAAUCUUCAUGCCGAUCAAACAUCAACGCCUCCAUCGCCUAGUCUCUCUGUCAAUGUGUCACCAGUACCUUCGUCUCCUAUCCUGCCUGUCAACCGACCAAGACCAAGAUCAAUUCUCUCCAUACCAGACUCUAGUAGCUCGGAGGAAGACUCGACACCUUCCACGCCAGACUUGACCUCAGAUGACUCCCUAUCCUCACCAAUCUCCUCGCCUAUUCACGAGAACCACCACACCCCAGCGCUCUCACCAGAACCAUUCUCACCAUACACAUACACUCUCCUCGUUUCCAAAAUUUCCACCACUGGCACCCAAUCUACUACCCGCACCAUAAAUGUCCCUUCCACCUACACAUUCGAACAACUCCACCUCGGUCUCUUAUCUGCUUUCUGUCUCCCCCCAAAUCUGCGCUACAAUUUCGGUCUCCUUAACCUCUCACCCUCUGACAAAGAAAAGGGAUUUGGCUUCGGGAAACCUUAUCCCCGUGAACGACUGUUAUUGGCAGGCGAUAAGAAGAAGGGAUUCGAGCGUCAUUGGAGGGCGGCUAGCUUUCAGGUUAGCCAGUUGAUGGGGGAGUUGGAAGAGGAUGGAGAAUUGGAUCUUUGGUGGUGUCAUGAGGGGGCAAGUGCCUGGACGCAUCGGAUUGAGAGAGUGGGCAUGGGGAAGGGAAGUGAGGGUUGGUAUUUUGGGGUUAGUGGGAUGCGUAAAAUUUGGUUUUGA